CCCCAUCUCUAUAUCAUAUCCUGUCUUUCCCCCACCUCUAGUAAAGAAAGAACGAGUUCCUCCCAAAGUUGGAAUUGCUCACUCAAAUCGAUUUCUCGAUUCAAGCCAUAUCUUGUUGAGAUAAACAUCCCACAAGGAUCCAACCAGAAGCCCUGAACCUCCCAACUUGAAUUUGACUACUUUGUCGCUGAGUUAUUUACAGACCAUCCUUUUGCCCCUCAUCUCUUUUUACGUUCCUGGGAAUCUUUGAAUCCGAGUUACCAACAUGGUCGCCGAAACCGAAUACUAUGACCGACUGGGAGUGGCACCUAACGUCGAUGAAGCCACUCUCAAGAAAGCUUAUCGCAAAAAGGCUCUACAACUCCACCCUGACAAGAAUCCUGCCGGAGCUGAAGAGUUCAAAGCCGUCUCAGAAGCCUAUGAUGUUUUAUCCACUCCCGAAAAGCGUGAACUCUACGACCAAUACGGCAAGAAAGGUCUUGAAGGUGGAGGUGGUAUGGGUGGCAUGGACCCCGGAGACUUGUUUUCGCAGCUGUUUGGUGGUGGUGGUAUGUUUGGUGGUCGAAGCCGUACCGGACCAAGGAAAGGACGAGAUCUUCAACAUCGAAUCAAAGUCUCACUGGACGAACUCUACGUCGGUAAAACAACGAAAAUCGCCCUUCAAAAGCACGUGAUCUGUUCCAAAUGUGAGGGCCGCGGUGUUCCCAAGUCGACAUCCGUCAAGAGCUGUGUCGACUGCAAAGGAGCUGGUGUGAAAACGAUCUAUCGUCAGAUGGGUCCCAUGGUUCAACAGCUACAGCAGACGUGCACUGAGUGUCAAGGCUUAGGCGAAAUCUUCAACUCCAAGGAUCGUUGCAAAGGUUGUGAAGGUAACAAACUCGUCAAGGAACGCAAAGUCCUCGAAGUUCACAUCGAAAAAGGAAUGAGAGAGGGGCAGACCAUCACUUUUAGAGGCGAGGCAGAUCAGGCACCUGGCAUCACCCCUGGUGACGUUGAAAUUAUCAUCGAAGAGAAGCCUCAUCCGGUCUUCAAACGUAAGGAGGACGAUCUGAUCGCUGAAGUAGAGGUCGACUUGGUGACUGCGUUGACAGGAGGUGUUAUACCCAUUGAGCACUUCGAUUCGCGAGCCCUGAUGAUCAAAGUUGAACCUGGGGAGGUGAUCAAGCCAAAUGCUACCAAACGUGUAACUGGUUACGGCAUGCCUUCCGUUCGUUACCACAACCCCGGUGAUCUCUAUCUGAGCAUCAAAGUCGCCUUCCCCGACACAAUCCCACCCGAAGCUUGCCCGGCCCUCCAAGCCCUCCUACCUCCACCCCGGCCUCUUCCCACCUGGGGUGACAACAUGUUGGUUGAUGAAGUCACAAUGAUCGAUGCAUCCGACGCCAAGACCAAAUCACGCGGCCACGACGACAUGGAUGAGGAUGACGAAGGUGGAGGCAGCGGCCAACCGCAUGUCCAAUGUGCCCAACAAUGACGAGCGUCUCGUGAUACCUAUUGGCAUAUUGGAUCCUCUUCUCUCCUGUCUCAUCUCGUACCUUGUGUGAUGGCCUCAAUGUAGCUGUUACACUCGUAGAAAUCUCCUCGUUUCUCUCCCCCCCUUCAACCCAAAAAACCCACAUAUUGUUUCCAGUAAUGAUUUCAAAAUCCAAUCCUUCUUUGGUCCUUUUCUCACUCGAUUACUACUGUCUAGGUUAUGAUUUUUUUGUUGAUGUUGAAACGAGUUUACAUAUUGUUCAACCAACGAUCUCUGUCUUGAGGAUCUCUCAGCUCACUUGAUUCUUCUCAUUCAUUUGAUUGGCUAUCUAUAAGUCUGACUGUGUGGUGUCCCCCUUUUUCAUGGGAAGAAUUUCGGUCAGUUCACAUUUGAUAGAAAGAGGUACAUCGGCUGUUCUGUAUUUGUACUAGUUGUGCAAAUUCCGACAUGAAAUUAGAGGUACAUAUACUAGAGCUUAGUGGGUACUCUAUCUAUGUCUCUUCCUGUGUUGAAGACACUUCAGCUGCUGCAGAAAGUUAAGUGUAAGAUAUA